GCAGCAUCGAAGGCGACGGCAACGGACACCAUUGCGCUGCUUGAAGAGCGGCUACACCGCAUCGACUACGCACUGAAUGGAGAUGCUGCGACCUAUGAUACACCAGUUGCAACCAUAGGCAACGGCUCAGCAUUAGCCCGGUUGCGUACACUCGAGCGGACAGUGUCGCAACUUGUCGCACGCUCACCAGCAGCUGCAGACGCCAUAUCACUACACAAGCAGCACCCAUCCAUCUUCAACACUACCGCGGGCGCAGCUUCGCCUCUACCAACCACCCAGCUUGCGGCGCUCGUGCUUGCUCGAGCCUCGCUCUACAUCUCCACCGCCGCACACCUGACACAGCUGCAGGACACGCAUAUCCCCGAUCCAGCACCGUUGACGAAGUUGGUCAAUCUACUAUCGCGGCUAGAGAGAGCACGGACGAGGCAGCACCAGCAAGCGCGCGAACUCGCCGAGCUUAGACAGCGUAGCGCACUGGCGGUGGAGAAGUGGUACGAGGUCGGUGUGCUGGAGAUGGGUGAGAACUGGGCUGACUGGGAGGAGCGGGUGCGGGAGGUGGAAAUAUUGGUGCGGAGGAGAGAGGCGGCGAAGAGGAGGGAGGAAGGAGCGGUCUGA